CUGUCCCCCGGGGCAAUUAAGCCGCUGCCGGCGACACACGACAGGUCACCGUGAGCCGGGCGGCGAGCCAUGGGGCACCAACCACGAGACGCCGAAGCGCCGCUGCUCGCCAAGCCCGACGCCGCCGCGCCCGCGCCGGCGCCGGCGCCGGCGGUGAAGCGCAACAAGUACCCCUUCUUCUGCGCCGUGCUCGCCUCCAUGACCUCCGUCCUCACGGGCUACAGUACGGAUCCUGCCUGCUACUUCGCCAGGUUACCCAUCUUUCCAUAUGUGUGUCUCCGCGUACGGAUGCUGAACACCCGCGCACCGUGUGCCAUGGCAUGCCCGGCGGCAGACGUGGCGGUGAUGAGCGGCGCGCAGAUCUUCAUGGCGGAGGACCUGGGCAUCAGCGACGCGCAGGUGGAGGUGCUCUCGGGCGUCAUCAACAUCUACUCGCUCGCCGGCGCUCUGCUGGCGGGCUGGACCUCCGACCGCCUCGGCCGCCGCCUCACCAUCGUGCUCGCCAACGUCUUGUUCCUCGCCGGUCCACUGUGCAUGACGCUCGCGGGAGGGUACAAGGCGCUCAUGGUGGGCCGCUUCAUCGCCGGCAUCGCCGUCGGCUACGACUUCGUCAUCGCGCCCAUCUACGCCGCCGAGAUCUCGCCGGCGUCCUCCCGCGGCCUCCUUACCUCAGUCCCCGAGAUUUUUAACAACACGGGAGUGAUGCUGAGCUACGUGUCGAACCUCGCCUUCUCGGGGCUGCCACCGCACCUGUCGUGGCGCGUGAUGUUCGCCGCGGGGGCGGUGCCGCCGGUGUUCCUGGCGGCCGGCACGCUCACCAUGCCGGAGUCGCCGCGGUGGCUGGCCAUGAAGGGCCGGGUAGCCGAGGCCAAAUCCGUGCUCCACCGGACGUCGGACACGCCCGCCGAGGCCGAGCGGCGGCUGCUCGAGAUCGAGGACGUCGUCUCCGGCGGCGCCCAAGGGAAAGGGAGCAGCAGCGCGUGGAGGGAGGCGGCGGCGAAGCCCGGCGUCCGCCGCGUGCUGGCCAUGGUGCUCACGCUGCAGUUCUUCCAGCAGGCGUCCGGCAUCGACUCGGUGGUGCUGUACGGCCCGCGGAUCCUCGCCGCGGCCGGCGUCGCCUCCAACACCUCGCUCCUCAGCCUCAACAUCCUCUUCGGCGUCGCCAAGGCGGGGUCCAUCCUAAUCGCCAUGGCGCUGGUCGACCGCGCCGGCCGCCGGCCGCUGCUCCUCGUGAGCACGGGCGGCAUGACGGCAUCGCUGCUGCUCGUGGGCUCCCUGUUCGCGGCGUCCGCGGGCACCAGGGGCGGCGCCGCGGCGUCGGCGGCGAGCGUGGCCGCGGUGGUGGCGUACGUGGUGUUCUUCUCCAUGGGGCUGGGGCCCAUGGCGUGGGUGUACAGCUCCGAGAUCCUGCCGCUCCGGCUGCGGGGGCAGGGCGCGGGCCUCGGCACUGCCAUGAACCGCACCAUGUGCGCGGUGGUCAUCAUGACCUUCAUCACGCUCUACAAGGCCAUCACCAUGGCGGGGGCGUUCUACCUCUACGCCGCCAUCGCCGCAGCAGCGUUCGUGUUCGUCUACGCGUGCCUGCCGGAGACCAGGGGACGGAGUCUCGAGGACAUGGAGGAGCUCUUCCACACCAAGUGAUUCGUGUCAUCUUUCUGAUCAUUCAAAUGGAGGCUACGGUUGUAAUCAUUCAAUUCAAAUGUUCGAGUUUUGGGCUUUGGCCCAAAUAAGUUUCCAUAUAAACCAAAUUAGGCCUUCUGUUGCUGCUUACUCCACGGUAUGGUUUGGAGCUAUCCACUCGGUUUACAGCAGUCUAGAGAGGAAAUCAAACUAAUGGCAGGAAAUAAUUUCCUGUAAUAAUCAGCCUUCAUGACUGAUUAUUGAAGGCUUUUGGUUUUGUUUACAAAUUCAA